AUGCCCCAUGGUUGGUACUGGCUAGGCUACCGCAUGCCCAAAUCUCUGCUUCGCAGCGAUCGAAACCGCCCAAUCCAAUCUAUCCCAGUGUACUAUGACGAGUACCCAACAGUACCGGCUCAAAAACCUGACCGAAUGUCAACGCCAGCGCCUGCACCAGCACCGGAGGCACGAGAAUCCAUCCCAACCGAGCCCCUCAUUUGGCCUCAGGGCGAGAGAGAGCGGGCUCAGCCCUGGACUCCUAGCAGCAGAGACCGCGCUACAGCUGCGCCCCGCAGAUGCUGCUGCAUCUACUGCAUAGGACACGAGCCAGAGACCGCACAAAAAUAUCAGGCCGACGAGUGUGGGUGCUUGAAAUGCCAGCCUUGGGCUCAAUUUGAGCUUCACCCGGCCCAUAGGCAUCCGGAAGCGCCUGUGCGUGCUGACCCGGACACGGCAAGGCCUGCUCCAAGUCCUAGUGCCAGAGCUUCCGCUGAGGGCUAUCGCGAGAAAAGCUAUGACUUUCAUAUCCCGACUCCAGCUACCCGGAAAGCAAACGAAACUGCACGGUCCAAAACUCCGCGGACGAAAGUCACAACCAGACCUGACAACCUUCGCGAGACUGAAACUCACAGUCGCAGCCCUCCUUCCUAUAGCGACUGCUGUCCGGACUGCUUAGACGGUAAGGAGGAUGCAGGGGCAGCUUAUGAGCCUAAUGUUGAAAUGGCUGAGGUCUUGUGUGGAGACGACGGUCAUCAAUUCGACGACUAUCUCCUGGCUAUUCCUGUGAAGAUUCCUUCCGCAAGACUCCAUUGA